AUGAUGGCCACUCCAAAAGGCGCCGGCCUCUCCCGCAACAGGCGCGUCACAACAUACAGCAAAGCAUUUGGACGAAGGUCGCGGCCAGAGGAAAAGGGAAAAGAUGGACGGAGCGUCACUGCUCCGCUUGAAUCCAGCACCAUCUGGGACUUCCAAGAUGACGACGAGAUUAAUAGCCCGGUCGUCACGUUGCCCACAAAGCCCAAGUUCAAGCAAUACGGUCGCAAGAUCGAACAAAAGACACGCCGCGUUUCUGAGGUCUCCCCAAAACCAGCGGUAGCGCAGGCAAAAGCCCUCCCGAAUCCAAAGCGGAGGAAAACGUCGCCCUCUCAUGGAGAUUCUCGAGGCUUUCGCGCGCGCGCUUACUCGACGCCACCGUCACCGCCUCCAUCUCUUCCGUCACCACCUCACGAGGCCAUGCCGCCGCCAAAGACCGUCCCCAAGACAACAAAACCAAAAUCGAUCUUACGAGUCUCCUCCGCCGGCUCAGCCAAAACGUCACAGAAGGAUACAGCAAUGAAAGAUAGUGCUGCCAAGAGUGUGCCCUUUUCUCCCGCCAUCCCGAAGAAUCUGAAGACUUUCAGCAUCAACAAAACCAGGAAAGAGCUCGUGCAGACGCAGAUCCCCUUCCGACCAGGUCAAACCCCGCGCAGCAUUCCGGGAGCACGCCAAGAAAAGGCAUCAACUUCCAAGGUGAGCCCCACUACUGGUGACUCACAACGCCAGCAUGGAUCUGCAACUCGAAAGCGCAAAAGGUUGAUCGAUGAGCUGGCGGCUCAGGCGGAUGAGAGCUCGGACGACGACGACGAUUCUGCGGAGUGGUCCCAAAACUUGCGCCGGACACCCGAGCCGCAGGAUUUGCCGACUUUCCCCAGCACGCCUGAGCCAAAGAUUCCCAAGAGUUUUGGGCGCCCAGAUUCUGCAAAGAAGAGGUCAGGCCCCAAAGUGACGUACAGUGCCCGGAGAACGCUCCUUGCGGAAGGUAGCUCGACCGGCGGCCUGGAGACUGUCGACGAGGACGCGUGGUUGAAGGAGCCUCUUCUGCCCACUGGUGGUUCUCAGUUUGAUAUGGAUGACGAUGAUGACGAUGAGCCAUUCACCAAAGGUGCCGUGCGCAGCAUACACGAGCUUAGACAGGCUGGCGCGAACAGCCGGUUCGCAGACGAGAUCGAAGAUUUGCUCGCACGAAUUGGCCGACCGAGUGGCAAGACCACAUCGAGCAGGCGCAAUGCCCUGGUCGAGCUGUCGCAGAAAAUGUCAGACAAGAGCUUUGUUCGCAAGUUUCGUGACCACAACGGUGACAGGAGUCUGUUUGAGCAGGUUGGCAGAGAGACAGAUAUCAUUGCUGGUUAUGCGCUGGUGGCUAUCUUGACGACACUCCUGGCCUCAACGGCAUCGACCCAUAUCAUGAGCCAGCUCCAAGGACAGGGCUUGUCUUUGCUGCUUAAACGGCUGCUCGCCAUCCCGGCUGAUAUUCAACCGAUUUCCAAGGACAGCACAAGCAAUCUGUCAAGGAAUGGACAGCAAGCCAUGUCGAAGCUGAAGGCGUCUCUUCUCAUUCUCCCAAUCUGGGAACCAACUACGCCUUUCAUGUUGUCGCCCAGAAGAUUGGCUCUCAAGGCUUUGGAACUUGUUGUUAAGCACUCGGGGUCAGUCGAGAGCGAAUUGUUCUCUCUUGAAGUGACAGACCAACUGUUUUCGCUGCUGGCAGACGCGUCUGAGCCCGACUCCUGGAAAUAUCCGCGCACAGAUGAAUCUAUAGACUUUCAUCUAGCACUGACGCUGUUGGAAUCUUACUCAGUCCAGGCCAUGCAGACCGAGUCGAAGGAUAGAUGGACUUUCAAGCACCUACCGAUCAUUGCAGACACGCUUGGCACGACACUCCGGCGCAGCAACGGUCGUCUGGGAGAAGUUGGUCUCCUCGUCCUCAAGUUGACCCUCAACACCGCAAACAACAACCAUGACGCUGCAACGGCCUUUAUUGAGAAAGGCACCGUGCGAACGCUUGCCAACGCGCUGUGUGACACCUUUCAGACAGCGACGGCCGCGAUUGAUGACGCGGAUGUUUUCAACAGUCACCUUGAAGCACUGCUGCUGAUGCUGGGCGUCAUGAUCAAUUUCUCCGAACACGAUCGCAAUACAGGCGGGGCUCUUCUCAGCGCUCUAGAUGAUAGCCAGGCUCCACUCGACAGGCUUAUCAGGCUCUUCCUUGAUCACCACGCAGCCACGUCUGAGGCGGAUUCGGUGGAGAAGAGCCAGCUGAAUGUCGCUUUCGGGUAUUUGUCAUUGCUGCUUGGUUAUAUGUCUCUGUAUGAGCCAGUUCGAAAGCGAUUCAGCUCCAUGCACAAAGCGGGGAAUCUUGCGCCUCUACUGGAGUCGAUACGCGAAUUCAUCGCGUACCACCGUAUGACAGACGACGCAAUCGCGCAGGCCGGUGACGGCCAGGCACCUCUCUACUCGAGCUUUACGACGAAGCUGCAGGGCCUUGUGGAGCGACUGGAAAGCUAUGCAUAA